AUGGAAAACCGGCAAAUUCGAUCAGCAAAGCUGGCAAAGGGGUUGACGAGCGCAGAUACAAAGAGGCUGCGAGGAGUGCUCAAGAAGCUGGGUUUCUCUGUUCGAUACCUUGGUUCUGUACAGAAGGCAGGCGACAAACCAGAUGGAUGCCAAGAUAUGCUGGUUGUAGACUCGUGGGAUAUUCCAACGGCCUCUUCAUUGUUGUCAUCGCACCCCACAAGCUUGGUGCGAGGGGUAGACUGUAUUUUAUCCCCGAGAUGGGAUCCGGACCAGCUGCUCCGGCACAGCGCAUGCGUGCUGAAUUCUGCACUCAAGGGAGACACCAUUUCCUUCAGCGGGAUGUCAUUGGAUGAAAAGGAAGCUCUGAAAUUUCAAGUUGUUGCGUUCGGAGGGAGAGUAGAAGGAGAUUUCCACGAGGGAGUCAAUGUCAUCAUAGCUAAGAACGCUGAUACCCAGAAGAGUCGAGUUGCAAUCUCAAGGUUUUUACAAGGGAAGCAACAAGUUUAUGUAGUUCAGCCCCAGUGGUUGACUGAAAGUGCUGAGCGACGCACCCGGCUCGACCCCUUCGACUUCCGCUUCAAGUUGUGGUCAGGAUGCAAGUUUUCGGUAUCAGGUAUGGAGCUGGAUGAGAGGGCAUCUCUUCAAGAGCAGAUCAUCUUCCUGGGGGCUGAAGUCUCGCCGGAGCUCGACGAAAGUUGUACAGCCUUGAUCACAAGCGGACAGAAGGGAGCCAAGUACGAUUUUGCGAUGAGGAAGGGCAUCCCCAUCAUCCCUAAGAAUAUACUGUUGGAGAGAUGGAAGGAUGGAUGCUUGGACAUCGAGGAUAUCAUUUCUGAGCACGAUUCUUUUGUCAAGAAUAGCGACGAUGAGGUUGUCUCCACCCAAUCAUCUACUGCGGCGAGUGAGAUGGACUUCACCAUUGAUUUCCAAGAUACAAGGGACGAUCUACAAGACUGCAAGAUAUUUGUUGUUGUAUGCGAUGACAAGGUCAGAAAUUACUCGAUCUCGUUGUGCAGGUUGCUGGGGGCAACCGUGAUACAGCCCGAUGCAGAAGGUUUUCCCCGUGAUCGCUCUGUUACGCACAUUAUCGCUGCAAGAGAUUGUCCCACCGACCUUCACAAGUUCCUGGAAUUCCAUGAAAAUUUUGUUCCCAUGGUGGACUGGAAGUGGCUCAGGGCCUGUUACGAUGAAAAAUGUCUUGCUUCGAUAGAAAAUUUUGUGAUCGACGUGGACACUGUUGUCGUCAAGGAAAAGAGUAAAUCGUCGAGCUCUGUCGUCUUUGCGAAGAAGAGAGAGAAUGCCGGCAAAGAAAACAUUCCGGCGAACCUUACAGAUGGUCUUGAGACGAUGAAAAAAGAAGACCACAAGAAAGAAAAUGUACAGAAUAUUCAUUCAGCAAGCGAGAGGAAAGAUAAGAUCUUCAAGAACUGUUUUUUCUCUUUCCAUUCUGAUUGUCAGCAUCGAUCAAUUCUCAAGGAGAUGAUUCAACAAAAUGGAGGAGUAGUGGUCGAGAAGGAGAUUCUUCGAGAGAAAGCUGAUCAAGCGUAUGAGAUCCAUCCACUGUUUCCCAGCAAGAUCAAGGUGCCAACCUUUGGCAGUCGUUCCUUCACAGCCAACAAGGGGGUACAGCUUGUCUCUGAGUAUUGGGUGAGGAAGUGUGCGGCGGUAGGCAAGAAGUUCGCUCUCUCCUCAUGUCAACUCCACAAGCCGCUGCGGAGGGAGAAGCCCUCGGCUGAGAUGCAGAAGCUCUCGGUCUGCGUCUCGGGGGUGUACAGGCACGAGAAGAACCUGGUAAGGUGGCUGGCGGAGCAGCUUGGGGGCUCGUUCGAGGAGAAAAUGUCGCGCAAGAUCACCUCGCACUUGAUUCUCGUGACUGAGGCUCAAGCUGGUAUGAGGGAGAAGGCGCUGAAGGCUCAGCAGUGGGGUAUCAGCAUGACGUCGCUUGCCUGGUUGGAAGCUUGUGCGGUGAAGGAUGAGGUCCUGCCUGUCAGCUCCUUCCCUGCGGGCACAAGUCUCUUUCCUGACUCGCACGGGGAGCCAUCGAAACCAGCGUUGCAGCUGAGCAAGAGCUCGAGCAUGCAGAGGCUUGCCAUGGGGACCAACAACCGGCAGACGCACAUGCGCGGACCCGCGUUGUUCGGAGAUGAGAUGAGGGACCUCUACGCGAGCAGCCCCGACAAGUCCUUCCAUGCUGCCCCUGAGCAGGUGCAGGUGCAGGAAGAGAAGCCGAAGGAAGAGGAGGCGGUGGAGGAGCCGAAGGAGCAGCAGGUGGAGCGAGAGCUGCAUACGUCGCCUGCGGAAGCGGAGGAGGCUAUUGCAAGUGGUGAGAAGCGAAAGGCUUCGAUACCAACGCCAGAGACAACCAGCAGAAAGAAACGAGUCUGCAAGCAGAGAGUUGAGGAUCAGAUUCCCUUCCUUCUGCGUUGA